AUGAACGAGCAUCAGCUGGAUACCGGGAUGCUCUGCAUCACAAACGUGUCACUCAUUAGUGGGCCGCAGCGUCCAGAGGAGGACCUUCAUGCGUCUGCCACGCAGGCGGUGCAGGUGCUGCUGGGUGAGUGCCAGGAGCUUCCGACGAAGAAAAAACGCGGGAAGUUUGAUGCAAGCACGACGCUUGUGCAGCUGCCUCAGCCCGUUCUGCGGCUGCCGCGCGAGAAGGCCCCACCGAAGCCAAAACCUCUCACAGCGUGGGAAAAGUUUGCCUUAAAGAAAGGUAUUGCUCUCAAGCGCAAGAAGGCCAACCGCGUCUUUGACGAGGGACAGCAGAUGUGGAAGGACAAGUGGGGCAAGCGUGCUCGUGAGGACCGCGAGAAGCAUGACUGGCUGCGGGAGGUGGGUCCGAACUACGUGGCACAGGAGGAGGGCGGCGAUCCGUUUCUGGACGACCGUAGAGCGAAGAAGGCCCGACUGGAGAAGCAGAAGAAGAAAGAGGAGCAUAAUAAGCGCCGUUCGGAGCACAUCACACGAGCACAGGAAGAGGCAAAACAUCUCGGCGCCGUCACAAAACACCUUACGACGGCCUCCAAUGGGAAGUUUGACAAAAUUGCGUCAAAGAAGAAGGGAAAGAAGUGA